CUUCCGCUUCCGGUGCGUUGGCGUCAGGUAGCGCGGAGCUGUGAGGGCCCGGGGGGACACGGCGGGACCCCCUGAGGCGGGGAGGGACGGGAGGCACGGCCGGGACUCCCCUGAGGUGGGGCGGGAGGCACGGCCGGGACCCCCCUGAGCACACAGCCGCCAUGGCCCUGCCGGAGUGGCACAUCGCCGUGAAGCUGGCCGAGCAGCCGCUGGCCCCCAAAUCCAUCCUGCGCCUGCCGGAGACCGAGCUGGGCGAGUGCCCGCUGGGCGGCUGCAGCAUCUUGCACCUCAAGCAGCUGAUCACGGGCAAGCUGCAGGAAUCCAUGCCGGACCCCGAGCUCAUCGACCUUAUCUACUGUGGCCGGAAGCUGAGGGAUGACCAGACUCUGGAUUUUUAUGGGAUCCAGUCUGGCUCCACUGUUCAUGUCCUGCGCAAGUCCUGGCCUGAGCCUGACCAGAAACCAGAGCCUGUGGAUAAGGUGGCAGCAGUCCGGGAAUUCCGUGUCCUGCACACUGCCCUGCACAGCAGCCCUGCCUACAGAGAUGCUGUCUUCAAGAUGCUGGGAAACAAGGAAUCCCUGGAUCAGAUCAUUGUGGCUACUCCCGGCCUCAGCAGCGACCCCGUGGCUCUGGGAGUUCUGCAGGACAAGGAUCUGUUUUCUGUGUUUGCAGACCCCAACAUGCUGGACACGCUGAUCCCGGCUCACCCUGCCCUGGUGAACGCCAUCGUGCUGGUGCUGCACUCGGUGGCGGGCAGCACGCCCCUGCCAGCCCCGGACACGUCCUCGCGGGCCAUGGCCCUGGGCUCCUACCGGGACAUGCCAGGUGGCUUUCUCUUUGAGGGGCUCUCUGAUGAUGAAGAUGAUUUCCACCAGAGCACGAGGUCCACCCCUUCCAGCAGCACGGCGGGCUCGCGCCCGGCCUCGCUGGGCUACGCGGGGGCGGCGGGGCCCCGGCCCAUCACCCAGAGCGAGCUGGCCACCGCCCUGGCCCUGGCCAGCACCCCCGAGAGCAGCUCCCACACGCCCACCCCGGGCACACAGGUAACCCCUCUGCACGUCCUCAGGGAUGGCUUCUCUUCCCUUUGAUCCCAGCCUUGGCACCCAGGGAACAGCCAGCACCAGUUCUGCUCUGGGCUGGCACAGCUGGCUCUGCAUUCCCUGGUGCAAAUCCG